AUGAAAACGUGUUCUUUUCGAGGUGCGAAUCCACGUUCAUUUGAUGAAGGUUUAUUUUGUAAAUCGAAUCUUCCAGUCAUACGUUAUGCGUUGGAGCCAUGCGAACAAAUGAUUUGUUCUCUAUGCGAACCAACUAAACCAAUCGUCGAAUUUAAUUCGUAUCGAACCCAUCGUUUCGUCAAUGGAUAUCAUGCAAUACUCAAUUGUCCAGCCAAAUGUCAAACAGUAAAUAUUAUUUAUGUAUUGACUUGUCCAUGUGGUCAAUACGAUUUUAUCGGAUCUUCAUGUCAGUCGAUAGCAGAAGUCGUUGAAUAUUCGAAAACGUAUAGCCUGAUGGUGGUAUUGGAACAUGUUGAAUAA